AUGGCCAUCUCGGCAACAACGACGUUCAGGUAUGUCACUGUCACAAGCGCCGGCGCCAGCGCCACUGCCGACCCGACCUCUGAUCCGGCCCCCUCGGGGGAGAAGCGCGCGCCGAUCUGGAUUUCCAUCUUCAUCCUCUUCGGCGCCCUGACGGGCCUCAUUCUGCUGUUUUUCUGCAUCUGUUGGGUCGCGCGCCGGGUCAUGAUCCCUGGUUUCUCGCCAACACGACCCAACUCGCCGGAUGCGGAAGCGCUCGCUCACGCUCACGCGCACGCCCGUGGCCCCGGCAACGGCCCCGCCUCACCCCGGACCCCGGCACCGGCGAUCCCGGCCGUGGCCUUGGAGGCCAUAGCGCGCAAGGUUGCGCAGCUCGACAAGUCGGCGCCCAUCACGACAUACAAGGCCUGGCUCGCCGAGUAUGAGGGCGAAGGCGAGGGCGAGUGUGUGAGUGAGCCUGAUGAGGAGAGGGACGACGAUGCGGUCAAGGGCGUUGCCAGAGCCAGCUCCUAUGUCGUUUGUGUGGUGUGCCUGGAAACACUCGAGGACAGCGAUCUGAUUCGCACCCUGCCGUGUCGCCACAUUUACCACUCCGAAUGCAUCACGCAGUGGUUCCUCAACAAGCACGACACUUGUCCGCUGUGCAAGGUUCACUACGUGCCGCAGGACAAAGACGAUGCCGCGCUUGCGAGGCCACCGGCGGCGGCUUUCCGAGGACAUAGGCCCUACGACGCGAUGUAUCGGCUCUAUACGCAAGUGCCGAUAUGA